CGCAAGUGAGUGAAGAGACUACCCGAAAGAACCACGCUCUCUACUCAGUCUGUCCGCGACCGUCCGUCAAGCAGACUUCUCCGACUCCCUCUGUUUCCCUCCCGGCCGUGCUCGAUCUCGAAGGCCUCGUGAAAAACACAUGUCAUCAGCUGAUGCAGCUGCUACCGGCUGUCGUAAGUGCAUUAACGUGUUAAUAUAGAUCCACGAUCGUUAAAUCCGAUACCGUGUCGCGUGUGUAUUUUUUCGGAUUACGCGACUGCGAUACUCGUGUAUAUAUUUAUAUAUGAAGGUGACUCGGCACGUGACAGAGUGUUUGUAGUGCAUCCAGUGGUACGAGAGUCAAGUGGACGAGAUGUGGUUGAGAAGAUUUCCCUGGAGCCUCCUUAUCGGCCUCGUGGUCGUCGGAUUGUCACCCUGGCGUGUCGUCGACGGCUUCAAUGUUGAGACGAAACACUACGCGGUGUAUCGCAUGGAGGCGAGAUCUAUGUUCGGCUUUGCUGUGUCGACGUAUCGUGAUAAAUUCGCCCGAGGAUGGGCAGUCGUGGGCGCACCGGAAGCCGAAACUGCGCAAGCCGGUGUUUACCGAGGAGGCGCAGUCUAUAAAUGCGAUAUUGCAGUAGACGAUAGAUGCAACAUAAUCCACUUCGACGAUAAAGGGCACAACUACGUCAGAAAUCGAAAUGUAGCUGGUGGCUUGAGUCAGGUCGACAACAAGACAUUGCAGUGGUUUGGCGCCACGGUUUCAACCUCUAACAGGGAUGGAGGUCCGAUUCUGGCAUGCGCGCCUAGAUAUAUCUGGUUCUCCAUGUCGCAGUCGAAGUACGAUCCUGAUGACAAUAGGAAUAAAGAAUCCACGGUGGCUAACAGAAGAGAACCGGUGGGCACGUGCUGGGUCGUCGCUAAUAAUUUCAACGAAUCGCAGGAAUAUUCCCCAUGUCGAACGAGAUUCUGGGGCUAUCACAGGCAGGGUUCUUGUCAAGCUGGUAUAGGAGCCUCGAUAUCUAAAAAUGGCGAAAGACUCUUUAUAGGAGCGCCGGGCAGUUGGUAUUGGCAAGGUCAGAUAUAUUCGAUCGCCACCGCCAUGAGAAUGAAGUUUGUAGCAACGAUGUUAGUCACCGAAGCCGAAGCAUCAGGACAAGCGUUUUCGCAGUUUUUGAACAGAUCGCGAAUAAUGUUCACCAAAGAGGGCCCCGCGAAAGAGGAUGACAGUUACAUGGGUUAUUCCGUCACGACAGGAGAUUUCACUGGAAAUGGCGAUAGCGGUACAGCUGUGGGAGUUCCACGUGGUUCCGAUCUUCUUGGCAAAGUGAUACUUUUCACAUCAAACAUGACGAAUCCUCGAAAUCUUACCGGUGAACAAAUGGGUGCUUAUUUCGGCUACGCCGUAGCUUCCGGCGAUAUAGACGGAGAUGGGUUGGACGACUUGAUAGUCAGUGCACCCAUGUACACAGUUCCAGAUAAUCCGGAAAUGACCAUCGAGACCGGAAGAAUCUACGUUAUCUACCAGGGCAACGGCAUGGAAAAGUUCCGCAAAUUCGAUAUAAGAGACGGCGAAAGCAACCGCGGACGUUUCGGCUUGUCACUGGCUUCUCUGGGGGACAUCGACCGUGACGGUUACGGUGACUUCGUCGUCGGCGCACCCUAUGGUGGUCCGAAUGGCCGUGGUGCCGUCUACAUUUAUCACGGUUCACGAACUGGAGUAUUAGAGAAGUAUUCCCAGGUGAUCCAUGCGGAGGAUCUAGAUAAUCCGGUGCAGACCUUUGGAUUUUCGGUGGCCGGCGGUCUCGACCUCGAUGGCAAUAUUUAUCCGGACUUGGUAGUCGGUGCAUACGAAUCGGGAGCAGCAAUGUUCUUUAGGUCACGACCGGUGAUCAAGAUGGAUUCUUACGUGACCUUCGACUCUGAAUCCAAAUUGAUCUCCUUGGACAACAGAAAUUGUACGCUGUCGGAUAACACCAGAGUCACAUGUCUUCCGCUUAGAGCUUGCUUUAGGUAUUCGGGAGAGGGUGUUCUCAUGAGGCACAAUUUCAAUAUACAAUACGUACUCGAUGUGAAAAAAACGAAGAAUCCGAGGUUGUUCUUCCUAGAGUUGGAAGGCAGGAACACGAUGAAUCAUACGAUUACGGUUGAACGCGAUCGGCAGUUCUGUCGCACAGUUCAGGUCUACGUGACUCCUAAUAUCCGCGACAAGUUAACAUCGCUGGAUGCCGAGAUGCGUAUGAGUCUGGAAGAAGAACGGAUUCCAGACAAUCGUCGUCGUGAUCCGAGAAUGCCGCUGAGACCAGUCCUUGGCGCAACGACUUCCCGGAAAGACACUCUUUCCAUCAGGAAGAAUUGUGGUCCCGACAACGUCUGUAUACCCGACUUACAGCUCAAUGUGAGAUCUAACGUUGGUAGAUAUUUACUGGGCUCUGGCAAGAGACUGGAACUCGAAGUUCUGGUGCAAAAUGCGGGCGAGGACGCCUUCGAGGCAACGUACAAUUUGCAGCUACCGGCCGGCAUCGAUUAUAUCAAGAUAGAGCGUAUCGAGACCCUGGAGAUUCCCGUUCACUGUUCCGCGCCCAAGCAAUCAAAUAAUAAUACUCUUCGCUGUGAUAUCGGAAAUCCACUGCCACAGGAUAAACUGGUGAAAUUCAAGGUGCUACUUCAGCCCGUGACGUCACACGGGAUGAAACCCAUCUAUGAAUUCGAUAUGCAAGUCAACACUACAAAUCCCGAAGAUUCCAUUACCGCUCGUGAUAAUAGCCAACAUUUAUCUCUGCCGAUCUGGAUAGAAACGGAUUUGCGUGUCGACGGCGAAAGCAAACCUAAGGAUCUUUAUUAUAAUCCCGAUAAUUAUACUACCGCGAAUAUUACGACAGAGCUCGAAUUUGGUCCAGCAGUGACGCAUAAUUAUACGAUUCGCAAUCAGGGUCCAUCAGAUAUUGUCGAGGCUGAAGCAUUCCUCGUGUGGCCCGCACGGACUUUAUCCGAGAAAGAACUAAUGUAUUUAUUGGAACAGCCAGAGACUUCGGGACCGAUCGCUUGCGAACCUGCUAAUGCAAAUUAUCUUAGUUUGAAGCUGGAUCAACGUAAGAAGGUACAUUUAAAUUACCCCGACUAUUCCGGCGUGAUCCUGGACGAAUCGCAAUCAGGUAAAACGAUCAACGUCCAAAGAGGCUUAGAGAUAGAUCGUAAUAAAGGGAACCAGAAAGAAGAAGAGAUCAAUAGUGGCGAUAGUUCGAAUAUGCAAAAAUCGCGACAUUCGUUUUCGUCAUCUUCCUCCUCUUCCUCAUCGAGUGCAGCCACCGAAACCAGAAGAAUUCAACUGAAUCCAACGGGAGAGAAACCAGACAUUCUCACUACGACAUAUACGCAGAAUUCCUCCGGAACUAGCUCGAUUGGUACCGGUGAUUUGUCCAGCAAUCGUGGAGUUGUUUUCCACACAGAAUCCGGCGGUAGUUCCUCGACUUUGGGCGGAGGAUUUCACGAAAAAGAAUCUUUUGGGUCUCGAAGAUUACCCGAUCUUGAACAGCCUUAUGAGACUCGUAUGAACCAUUCCGUUAGAGUAGAAAAUCGUUGGGAUGAGGGCGAUGAUAUACAAACCGGACAUACAAUUUCAUCAGGAAGGUUUGAUUCGGUUUUAACUGACAGUGAGAGGCGAUAUCAGGAGCUAUUGAAACAGCAAGAGGAGAUUCGUUUGCGUCAAGAAGAAGAAGCUCGUCAGAGGAAAUUGCAAGAGGAGACGCUUUUGAUACAACGUCAGCGAGAAGAACAGGAACGUAUCGCUUUGCAACGACAUCGAGAAGAAGAGGAACGGCGACGCGAGGAGGAAGAACGACGAGAAGAAGAACGACGUCGAUACGAAAAUGAACGACGAGAAGAAGAAGAACGACGAAGACAACAAGAAGAACGACGCUUGCAAGAAGAGCGGGAACGCGAGUACAACUAUAACGAGGAAAGACACUAUGGCGGAUUCACAAAUGAUCGUCAUCAAACUACGGAAGGUUUUAUCACUGGCGAUCGUGAAGAGACAGUUGGAGGACGAGAAUUUGGUUUUCGUUUACACAAUUCCACGCAAGAACUAGAACGGUUCUUUGACACAUUGACAAAAGAUGCGACUGGUUAUCAGAUAUAUAGCAGGCAAGGACAACAGUAUGUACGGUUCAAAGCGAGAUUUAGGACGUCUGCCGAUUGGAAAGAAUACAUAGAAUUUGAGGAUGGCUCUAUGUUCCCUCUUCAAGAUCGUUUUGGUGGACAGAGCUAUGCCUCGGAAUCUACGGAGCCUCGCGAUAGUCGAUUCCUCGGAAUAGAAGGCCAGCUACUUAUUACUCCAGAUAAUAAAGGUUACAUUGUGUUGAAGGAUGGCCGUAGGUUCCCUCUUCAAGGCUCUUACACUUACACCGAAGAAAGAAGAUUUACAUUGCAUGCUCCAUACGAUGGUUAUCAAGAUAGCAAUGUUGAUAAUCAGAAUCAGAGGACUUAUAGUCAAUCUUGGCAAGAAGAAUCUUCUGGUCGUAGUCUAACUUCGGAGGGAAGUUACGAAUCCAGAUAUAACACACGUACACAGGAGGAAAGACAAACAGAAGAGCGAACAAGUAAUACCAGAAUCUACGGAAGAGAUAAUAAUCGAUUUAAUCAUGAUCGAUUUAAUGAUGAAUUCCCCACCGAGAAAUCGGAUUUUACAGGUCCAAGGCAUAGACGCGAGAGUGAUAUGAUUGACGUACAAGAGUUCAAAAAAUUCGAACGAUUGCACAGGCAUCGGCGAGAUGUCGAGACAGAAGACUUUCUAUCGAAUGAAGCUGCAUUUCAAAAUGAAGAUUAUGAGAACGAUCCUGAAUCACAGGACGAACCAGUACAACCUUGUGAGGCAGCAAAAUGUGUGAUGCUGCGAUGUGUGUUAGGUCCCUUAAAGAAAGAUCAGGAGGUCUGGAUCGGUGCGAGAUAUCGCGUGAAUGCAAGAACCUUGAAAGAGGUGGCCUUUAAGGAGAAGGUGAGAGUGUCGACCAAGCUGGUGGCGCGUGUCACGAAGCAACCGUUCAUUGGUACACCAGCCGAACAAGUCAUCAAAAGUGACGAAGUUAUCACGAAUAUUGAACCCAGCGCACCACCUUCUGCUCCGGACAUCAUUCCAGUAUGGGUGGUAGUAUUAUCGGCCUGCGCAGGAAUGAUAAUUCUCUUGUUGCUCAUCUAUUUGCUUCAUAAGUGCGGUUUCUUUAAGAGAAAUAGGCCCUCGGACGCUCCAGAAAGGCAACCGCUGAAUCGAAAUGGUCAUUUCCAGCAAGGCGAAGAUCAUUGAGCUCCUUUUUCAAUUUCGUUCUAUCGAAAUUUUUGACUUUCUGACUGGCUAUAUCGGAUU